CUCUGGGAGAAACCCGACCAGGCAAGCAGCCCUGCCUCUGACACUGGUGAAAGGGACCAGGCACCACUGCCAGCAUGUCAAGCUCCUUGAGGGUGAGCCCUUCCGUCCAUGGCUAUCGCUUCGAUACAGCCCUGCGCAAGAAGGCCGUCGCCAACAUCUUUGAAAGCCUGGACCAGGAAUCUCUCCAGAAGCUCUUCAAAAACUCCGGCGACAAGAAAGCCGAGGAAAGGGCCAAGAUCAUCCUUGGCACUGACCAGGAUCUGGAGGAGAAAGCCAGGUCGCUCAUGGCUCUGAAGCAGAGGACCAGAGACAAACUCUUCCAGUUCCUGAAGUUCGGCAAGCACUCCAUCAAAGUCCCCUGAAGGGCUGUCCACAGGAGGAUGGGAUGAAAAAGAUACCGAAAUUCGGCCAGAUGCCUCGUCUUCGCAUCAGGGUUUCCCCAAGCACUUUGAAACUGGCUGGAUGAGGAAAGCUGGAAAUGUGCAAUGCUCUUUUGCAAUGCCCAUGCUGAACAGUCGGACGCUUCCCCUGGUGACUCAAACAUGGAACCGGCAAUGAGCCACUGAGCCAAGGAAGCUCGCCCACGAGCUGCUGAGACAGCAGGUCCCUGUCCCCACAUCACAAGGAUGCAGCAGGGGAGGAGAGACAUUCAUACGAAUGACUUUUCCCAGACAGACUGGGCUAGCAGGAGAUCUUUUCCCAUCUGAACUUAACUGGCACUUGUUUAUUGAGUGCGUAAAGCCUUUCAUAAGCCUCUCUGUUGUCUGCUGGGAUGAAAGGGAUUAAGAGGUGAUCAGUGACUGUCUAUUUGCAUUGGUUAAAAAUGCAGGAAAAGGCACAUGCUCGCUGGUGUUUAACACACAGAUGCGUCAAGGAGCAGACUUUAUUUUAGAACAUUGUGAAUCAAUGCGGUGUCCUUUUUUGAUUUUUGCACAGCAGACGUGGAUUGCUGAACGAGCGCACAACUUUUUUAAAAAUAAUAAGUUCCUUCCUGAACUGAAUAAACAGUGAAAGUUUCCUUGAGAUCAUUAGCUCUCUUUGUAUCAAUACUAUAUGUAUAUAUAUAUUGCCAUUGUUAGAAUUCCUGUAGUGAAUUUAACUGGCAACUAACUGUGUUGAUGAUGUUUCACAAAGAUGUAAAGCUGGCAUUAAUUUAUUGUAUAUGCUAACAGAGAGAGCAAAUAAAUUAUUCAAUUGA